AUGAAGGUGAAAGUAGCUAAAACUUUAAAACCUGUCGAGAAGAGUCAAGCGCUUCUGAAGAAAUCAAAAUCCGGCAUACAAAAGACGAAAAAACUGAAGCCCGCACUGAAACCGUCCACAGCGAAGGUAGCGGUUGCGAGUGGUAUGAAAGCGGCUCCCGGCGAAGAAAAACUACCCGCAAAGCCUGCAUUUUCUCUUUUACUUAAACCGAAAAAGCAAGCCCAGCAGAAGAAAUCUACUACAGGGAAGCAGCAAAAUAAGCAAGAAAAUGCUCCUUCACCGACGAAGCAAAAGAAUGGAACCGGUACGGCGAAUAAGCAAAAGAACGCUAAAAGUGUACCGGUGGUAAAACAGGCGAAUGGAGCUGAACCUGCGAAGAAACAGCAAAACGCUAAAGCGAAGCCAGACGUAAAGAAGGCUGAUGUAUCGUUGGUGAAAAAAGAGAAUGGAGCAGCUCCAUCGGGAAAGAAGCAAAAACAGCCCGCUAAAGGAAAACCAGCGAUAGUGCAGAAGAAAGAGAAAAAGGCUGACGACCAAAAGCCAUCAACGGAAGCUAGCGAAGCCAAUAAAUUGAAAAAGCGGCUUGUAUCGCAGGUAAAGGCGUUGAAAUGGGCCGAACGAAAGGUUGAGGGUGGAGUGCCUGAGACAGCUGAUGAGGCAACGUUGGCACUCGUGCCGGAAGAGUUGAUUUCGAAGGAAAGCUUCCGAAAGGCGUUCGAAAUUAUCCGCAGCAAGGUGGACGAUAAGGAGAAGAAACUGUUCGGCGAUGAGUUGAAGUACAGCCUGCAGAUCGUUAGCGUAAAGGUGCCACGCUGUCCGCAAAGGAACAGUCGAAUUUCACUGCCCCAUCCGUUGCUUCGUGCUGAGGAUGAUGUUUGCCUGAUUGUGAAAGAUUUGGUGCGCGGUCGUGAAGUCGACUUCACGCCCACUUUGCACCACUGGGAGGACAAACUGAAAGAGCUAAACCUCGACCACAAGCUGCACAUUAUCCCAUUUCAGCAGCUGAAACGCGAUUAUGGUUCUUACGAGAUGAAGCGUAAGCUUGCGCACCGCUUCGAACGGUUCCUGGUCGAUGGCCGCAUCUCUGGCCAUGUGUUCUCCUUCCUUGGGGCUCAGUUUGCCAAGCGCUGCAAGAACCCCACACCAGUAAGCUUGAUAAAGGAGUCCAAGAUUAAGGAAGCGAUCGAGCAGGCCCUGUCAGUGCAGACCUAUCGUCAAGGCAAUACUGGUCGGAUGGUGGAAAUUAAGUUUGCCGCUCACUGGAUGCCGCUGGAGGAUGCGGUCGAGAAUGGGAUGGCGCUGCUGGAGAAGCUUAAAACGGACUUGCCGGGUGGAUGGUUGAAUAUCCAUGCGAUCAACGUAACAACGGCAACGGAAAAGACACGCUCGUUCCCGAUCUACGUCAGCACGAUCGAUCCCAAUCUGGUACCGGUCCCGAUGGUGGUUGGACCGCGGGAAAAGUUUGUCAAGAAGCAGCAAGCCUUGAUCGAGAAGCGAUCCGGUGGUGAGUACGAGGUAACCAAGGACGGUAUCAUUCGGAAGAAACGCAAACUGAACCUUGACGGUGAACCGAUCAAUGCGGAAGAAUCGGACGUUGAGGUGGAGGAGUUGGAACCGGAAGAGGAUGAUAACUGGGUGCCGUACGAUGAUGACCUUCCGAUACGACGACGCACCGGUGGUCCCAAACGCCAGAAGGGUCCGAAGAUGAGGGUAAAGUAAGUAGAUUUAUUUACAUU